CUGGCGGUGGCAGGACCUGGUGCCACAGUGGCCGAAGGUUGAUUCCCUCCUGGAAUUGGGCAAGCGCCCCUUUUUCCACUGCGUCCCUUACAGCCAUCCCUGCCACCCGGGUGCCAGGUCGUGUUCCUGCCUGACAUGGGGAUGCGUCCCCUGUGCCCAGUGAGGACCACCAGUCCAGCCCCCUGGGGUGGGAGGAGGCACACACCAAGGACGUAGGGGUCUCUGCUGUGGCCAAGGAAUGAGGAAGGGUUUGUACCGGCACAGUGGGGGGUUCCAGGGGCAGAGACCCUGCCUGGCCUCACAGUGGCUCUGGGGACCCCCAGACAGGCACAGGGGGUCCAUUCUGGUGGUCCGUGGGUCUCUGAGUGGACAGGGCCAGCGGCACGAAGCGGUCACACUGAGGGGCAGCCUGCACCCACAGCUGGGGUGGGAGGGGGCUCACGGCUCUCUGAGCACCCUCAGCCCUUCCCUGCACCCUGCUGGGACAGCCCUGGCCUUGCUGCUGGAAGGUGCUAGGCAGGGGGGCUGCUCCGGCCGGGAGUGCCGCCCGCAGACCCCCGUGGGCGUGGGGCGGUCCCGGUGCAGGCAGGCGCCGGGUGAGCCCGCGUCGCCCCCGGCCCCGUCACAGCCCCCCAAUCCAUCUCCCAGCCUGGCAGAUUUCAGCCCCUGGGCAUGGCAACAUCUGCCUCCUGCUCCGGGUUCAAUUAACCUGCUGCCGCCUCCUCCUCCGGCACCGGCCAUUUCCUCCCGCCGCCGCUGUCACUGUCACCGCCGUCACCGCCGCUGCCACCACCACCGGCUGCACCCCACUGGGUCACAGCGAGCCCCUUGGCUGGGGGCUCUCUCCUGCUGGAAAACCCACAACAGGAGCACUGGGUGUUUGUCCCAGCACCUGCCAGGCUGUGAGCCAGGAACGCUGGGAAGCCAUAGCCCCGACAGGGCAGGGGCCCUGUGCUGCGUCCCCCUUCCCUUUCUGGGUGCACAGGGGCCCACACCCGCGGCACGGGGCUCCCCCGGUGACCCCAGUAUGGCAAAGGGCAGCUCUCCCUUGCCCGGUGCCACAGUGGGGCCGGGGUGGCACCAGCGUGAACCCGUGCAGCCCCGGCGGAGCUGCGGGUGCAGGGACACUGCGGUGGGUCUGAGACCACCCGGUGACCCGGGCCUGCCCGAUGCCCCUGGGAUGGGGGGUGCCCUCAGGGUGUGCAGUGUCCCCGGUGCCCCUGGGCGUUCCUGGUGCCCCUGGGAUGCGGGGUGUCCCUGGGGCGUGCGGUGCUCCCGGUGCGGCAGCUGCAGCCCCCGGUGCCGCCGUGAUUUACAGGCGCAGGCCCCCCGUAAUGUCAUUUGCCCCAGACCGGUGGCGCCAGGGUGCCCGGGCGGCCCCCUCCCCCCAGCCAGAUCCUGACCCGGGGCUAUGACCCGCCUGGGAACCGCUGGGACCCACCCGCGGGGCCGCCGCGCCUCUGUCGCGAUAGUCGCCGGAGGGCCCGGCCCAGCCCGCGUCGCUCUCCGCUGCCGUUACCUCCCGUCGGCGGGGCCGACUUGGCCUCCGUGACCGGGAAAGGCAGGGCGGGGGACCGGGGUCCAUCACUGGUAACGGCGGGGCUGGGGGGUCCCGGCAGCGGGAGGACCUCGGGGUGCACCCCCCCGAACAGCGAGUCCGCAUGGCCCGGGAACUGCGAGUGGGCGCGGGGUCGGUGCCCCGGGGUUCCUGCAACUGUCAUCAGCAGCUCGAGGGGACCGGAAUCCGUGUCCUCGGGACGGGUCCGUGUCGUGGGAAUGGUGGGUCGGGGCAAACCCCAGGUCCCCGUACCGGGCGCGGCGGCUCCGGGGCCGCCAGAUCCGUUUGCUCCGCUCCGGGCGGGCUCGGCGGGCCCGGGCUCGGUGCGGAGCCUGCGUGCCCCGAGAGCGGCGGGCGCGGGGCCUCUCCGUGCGCUCCGGCAGGGCGGGGUAGGACCGGUUGGGAGACCCGACGGGGCUGCGGGUGGAGCGGGAGCGCGGAGAAGCGCCGCUCUGCUGCCCGGUGCGGCGGCGGCGGCUCCGGUGGACCGGGGAGGGUCCGGCGGCCGCCUCGGCGGGACGAACGGGUACGGGGCACGUCGGGGCGCAGGGGGGGUCCCGGGGCCGGGAGGGGCGCGGGCGCUCGGGACCCGACGGGACCAUCCGCUGGGUCCGGAGCGGCGGCGGGGGCCCGGGGCGGCGGCAGCGGCGGGGGGGAGCUCGGGGGCGGGGCCCCGGGCUGUCAAUCACGGGGCGCGGCCGCCAAUCAGGGCGCGGGUGGUGGGAGUUCGGCCGGUCCGGAUGGAGAGGGGCAGAAAAGCGCGUCCCGCCGGGGCCCGCAGCCCACCCGCGCUCCCGCCCCGAGGCCGCCAGCGGCCGCGAGCCAUGCCCCGCACCCUGCCCCGAGCCUGCACCCGCACCCGGCACCCAUCCCGCAGCGGGCACCCGCCCCGCACCCGCCCCCGGCAGCUGCCCCGCACCCGUACCCUGCACCGCGUCCCGCACCGCACCGGACACCCCGCGACCGCCCCCGCCGCCGCCCCCCGCCGCCCCCCGGCCAUGCCCGCGCCCCGCCGGCUCUGAGCGCGGCCGCGAUGGAGCGGGAGGGCAGCGGCCCGGGUCCCCCCGCGCCCCACGAGCCCAUCAGCUUCGGCAUCGACCAGAUCCUGGGCGGCCCCGAGCCCGCGGGGCCGCACCGGGCGGCCGCGGAGCACGACUACGGGCUGUACGGCGGCGGGUACGGCCCCGCCGGUCCGCUCGGUUCCUACAACCUCAACAUGAGCAUGAACGUGAGCGUGAACGUGACCCCCGCGCCCGCCGCGCCGCCCGCCGGGGUCAUCCGCGUCCCGGCGCACCGGCCCGCGCCCGCUCCGCCGCCCGCCGCCCCCGCCGCGCCGCCGCCGGGGCCCGCGCUGCCGGGGCUCACCUUCCCCUGGAUGGAGACUACGCGCCGCAUCGCCAAGGACCGGCUCUCAGCUGCCCUGUCACCCUUCACGGCCACGCGGCGCAUCGGGCACCCCUACCAGAACCGGACCCCGCCCAAGCGCAAGAAGCCGCGGACGUCCUUCUCCCGGGUGCAGAUCUGCGAGCUGGAGAAGCGCUUCCACCGGCAGAAGUACCUGGCCUCGGCCGAGCGUGCCACCCUGGCCAAGGCCCUCAAGAUGACGGAUGCCCAGGUCAAGACUUGGUUCCAGAACCGCCGCACCAAGUGGAGGCGUCAGACGGCGGAGGAGCGCGAGGCGGAGCGGCAACAGGCCAACCGGCUGAUGCUGCACCUGCAGCAGGAGGCUUUCCAGAAGAGCCUGGCGCAGCCCCUGCCGCAGGACCUGCUCUGCAUGCACAACUCCUCGCUCUACGCCCUGCAGAACCUCCAGCCCUGGGCCGAGGACAACAAGGUGACGUCGGUCUCGGGGGUGGCCUCUGUGGUGUGAGGGCCCAGGGUGUCGCCCAUGUGCCGGGAGGUGGCAGUGGGAGCCCAGCCUGCAGCAGGGAGGGGACUGCAGCUUCCUGGGGGCCUCCCACGGGCAGCCCCCUCCCUGCCACUGACAGCCCCCUUGGGCCCCCGGCUGGGUGGGCAUGCCCCUGCAAUUGGACUCAAAGCUUUACCAAAUCCCACCUGGAGCACCGCUGUGGGCACCCCCUGCUCGGACCCCUGGGAGCCCACAGACAGGCCCCUACACCCUGCAGGGCUCUGCAGCCCCCCCCCAGGGCCCCUGUGC